CGGGCGGUCCCGCCCCCCGGCCCAGAAGUCCGAGCCACCUCUAGCCUGGUUUAGCUCGGACACGACAUGAGUCUCCCAGCCGCCAGCCCACUGUUCGCGCCGGGCGAGGACUGCGCCCCUGCAUGGCAUGCGGCGCCGGCCGCCUACGAUGCGGCCGACACACACCUGGAAAUCCUGGGCAAGCCGGUGAUGGAGCGCUGGGAGACGCCCUACAUGCACUCGCUAGCGGCCGCCGCCUCCUCCAGAGGGGGCCGGGUCCUGGAGGUGGGCUUCGGCAUGGCCAUUGCAGCCUCAAAGGUGCAGGAGGCCCCCAUCACUGAGCACUGGAUCAUUGAAUGUAAUGAUGGCGUCUUCCGGCGGCUCCAGGCCUGGGCCCAGCAGCAGCCGCACAAGGUUGUCCCCUUGAAAGGCCUGUGGGAGGACGUGGCGCCCACACUGCCAGACUGUCACUUUGAUGGGAUCCUGUAUGACACGUACCCGCUGUCGGAGGAGACCUGGCACACGCACCAGUUCAACUUCAUCAGGAACCAUGCCUUCCGCUUGCUGAAGCCAGGGGGCGUACUUACCUACUGCAACCUCACCUCCUGGGGAGAGCUCAUGAAGUCCAAGUACUCGGACAUCACCACCAUGUUUGAGGAGACACAAGUGCCAGCGCUGCAGGAAGCAGGCUUCCAGCGGGAGAACAUCUGCACCGAGGUGAUGGGGCUGGUGCCGCCGGCCGACUGCCGCUACUAUGCCUUCCCGCAGAUGAUCACACCCCUGGUCACCAAGCAGUGAGCCGCUGCCCCCCUGGUGCACGAGAACCAGCCGGGACAUGCGCAGCCUUCCAGCCCCCACCUCGGACACCAUGGUUUCCCUCCAGGGCACGAGGGUGAAAUAAAUGUGGUCGCCGAGCUGGCUGGCGGGCCGAGUGUUUA